AUGGGUCGCCGGAAAAUCGACAUUCUGCCUCUUGAGAAUGAACGUAACCGUUCAGUAACAUUUCUUAAGCGCAAGGCUGGUCUUUUCAAAAAAGCUUACGAGCUUGCUGUACUCUGCCAGGUCGACAUCUCUGUCAUCAUAUUUGGCACCAACAACCGUCUUUACGAGUUCUCUUCCACCGAACCAAGAAACAUCAUUUCCAGAUAUCAAUCCACAUCCCCUUAUGAAGCAAAACGGCUCAAGGAUUAUUCUCGCGAUAAGUCCGAUCCAAACUCAAAGCACGACGACGAUGAUGACGACUAUGACGAUGACGAUGACAUUGGGUCUAACCAUACAAACCGUCCUUCUGCUGGCCAUGGCUCAAACCACAAUGCCAGUAAUAUCUCAACCACGGCAACACCAUCACCAAAUGUCACCAAGAAAAAAAUAAAGACCCACUCCCGAUCCUCUUCUCAAGUCUCAAUCACAACAGCAUCACCUCACGUCCAGCAAAAUAACAUCUCCGCUUCUUCCACACCUAAUAUUAAUGCAUCUUCUUUAUCAAGUGAUAAACUUGGAGGCCCAAGUAGUGGUGGCAAUCAUUCCAAGAAAUCAUCUCUUUCUCAUAUUUCCAUAAAGUCUGAAGACCCUUAUACUUCUGCAACUGCUCAACAUCAAAUUCAGCAACAGCAGCAGCAGCAGCAGCAGCAGCAGCAACAGCAGCAGCAGCAGCAACAGCAGCAACAAAUUCAAGCACAACUUUAUUCUGCUCAUUCCAUGAUUCCCCAGCCAUUAGCUACAUCGGCUGCUUCUCUGCAACACCCCCAUGCUGUUAUAUACCCCUCGGUUACUGAUCUCCAGGACCCCAGUAGACAAUCCCAGUUUUACCCUACCACUCUUUAUCCAUCCACAUCCUCUACCAUGGCCACGGCAUCAGCUGCUGCAACAUCAUCAGCCGCAGCUAUGCAACAACAGCAACAACAUGUCCAGGGGUUUGCACGCAUGCCUCACCAACAACAACAACAACCACAGCAGCAACAGAUCCCAACUGGUAUGCAACAGCAUUAUGCUCCACAUCCUGGAUAUAUGAAUCCAAUAUAUGCUCAACAAGUUCAGGCUCAAGCUCAAGCUCAGGCUCAAGCUCAAGCCCAAGCACAGGGCCAAUUCCAGACACAAGGCCAAUUCCAAGCUCAGAUGCAGCAACACCCGUCACGAAUUUAUUCAUACCGUACUAACGGAAUGACGACUGCUGCACCACCCACAUCAACCACCACAGCAGCCAUGCCUCCUGUUUCUGCCGCUUCUGCAGCAGCAGCGGCAGCAGCAGCAGCAAAUAUGCAUCGUUAUCCUGAUGGUAUUAUUUACAGCCGUGAUAUUCAAACCCAACAAUAUUAUCAACAACAACAACAACAGCCCCAAUCUUUGGCUCAAGGCCAGUCUAGUGAAUCUGGAACUAUUUCUGAUAAUAAGCCUUUUAUAUCUCGAUCAAAUGCUCCUGAUGACACCUCUUCUUCAUCGACCCGUACUUCUCUCACAUACCCAGCCCCAGCUCUCCAUCCUAUCCGCACAGUCGACCAUUUCAUGAACCCCCGCUCAUCAGCGUCCCCAUCACCAAUCAAUGGCAAAGGCAUAGGUGGUUUGACUAGUUCCACCUCGGGUACCACAGGUGGUGGACUCCACCCCAGUGGUCCCAGCAUGCGACCUAAGCUCAAAGUCCAAAUCCCUCUUGACCAGACACACGACGGCCAAAUCACCUCGGCCGAGCGGUCAAAAGACCGUACUCUGUCGGAUGACUUGCAAGACAAGUCCAAGGCAGCUGCAGCAGCUGCAGCCGCAAAUGGCACCCAAGGUGGUUCUCACGGAAAUGGCGGAGCCACCGGCGCAGGCGCUGCUGCUUCUUCUUCUUCCAACUCUUCGUCUAACCCCACUUCCUCUUCACAAACAGGUCUUGGCGGUGUCUCUUCGGCAAAUGGGGUGGGUGGAAUCGGUGCCUCUUCUUCCUCUUCUUCUUCCUCUAAUAAUGGUCCUCUCACUGCUUCUCUUUCCAAUAGUAACUCCUCCGGGGUAUACCUUCCUCCACCAUCUCCUUCCAACUACCUCAACCCCAGUGCGGCUGGACUCGGCCCUCCCAACCCUUUCAGUCGGCACCCCCUUGUGUCAAAUAAUGGUGAGCAGACGCCGCUUUCCGCCGCACUCCCGUCUCGGGUCAUGUCGGAUCUUCUCCCAUCACCAUACCCUUAUGGAGAUUGGAAUUUUAACGUGGCUUUCAGUGGUCCAAGUAGCAGCAGUGGCGUUUCAGCCCCCUCAACUUCUCUUGGAAUUCACUCGAUUACAGGUGGAAGCAGUGGUGGUGGUGGUGCUGGCACUAGCAGUUCUGGUAGCACCAACGGAGGGUCUGGUAGUAACACUAGCAGCGGUGGAAGUAAUAGCACUGCAAACAAUAAUGGGGCUAAUAGCAACAAUAACAAUAACAAUAACAAUAAUAAUAACAAUAACAACAACAGCAGUAGCAGUAGCAGUAGCAACAAUAAUAGUAAUAGCAACAGUCAAUCAGGUCCUACAGCUUUGCCUUCCGCAACAAGUUUGACUGCUCCAUACUUUAGCCUUGGUGGGCCUAGUCGUUACCAUCUUGGGUCAGAUAUCUUGCAGUCCCCGUUGCAGUUUAAUACACCAGUAGUUACAACGUCAUUACAAUCGCUUAGCGACACGCGUUCACCCACAACCACUUCAUCAUCGAGCGCUGUUGGAAACAACAGCAGCGGGUCUGCAAGUGGUUCUGGAGCAGGCCCAGAAGCAGGCCCCAGCGCAACUUCAGGAACAAGCGCUGGCGUAGAUGCUAAUGGUUCCAACUCGAGCUCAUUAGCACAAGAAUCAGAGAGUGGUAACGGUAACGACACUGAAACUAUAGGUUCUACAUCAGGAGCAGGGUCUAGCAUUGGAGAAAGUUCAAGUGGAUUGAAACGCGAGGUGCCUAUUGGUGCAAUUAGUCCUCCAGAUCCUAAGCGAAUCAAGACGUCUGGAUAA